UCCUGUUUCCUAGCAACAGCACCGAGUCCGGCCAGCACAGCAGCAGCUGCUGCCUGAGCACCAUUCAAGAGCAGCAGAAGCAGGAAGCAGCAACUCCGCCAGGCUGGCAAAUCAACUAGCAACAACCGCCACCACAGACAGGAGGAGGAGGAGGCUGCAUCUGGCAGGGGGAAACAAUAAAACAAGCAGGGAAGGAUGAAGGAUGGAGAAAGCACAACACUUCUAGGAAACUCCUUGGAAUGGCUCUGUCCGGGGGCUCCGAGGGGGCUGACAAGAUCCGGUCGAUCCCUCCCGCUUUCUCUGCUGGGAUUAUGAGCAAGGGCGAGAUUACGGAUCUGGAAGGGUUGUGUCUGCGCUGAGAUGUCCACUUGGGCUGGAAAGUUUCUCCAUGGUUUCUUGAUGGUGCCUGAGCUCCUCGCUGCCAGCUGUGAUUCCCCCCGCCCCAGUCUUCCUGGGCAGCUGUCCAGAUGAUGUACCCAUACCGUAAGCAGAAGAGGAUGGGUUUCUAGAUCACUGCAGCUAAAAUAUGAAGGAAAUGAUCUGGAAGAAGCUUCCAAAAGGAGCUGGAGCCGCUCUAGGGAGCAGUGCCCUGGGUAGCCAGCCAUGAUCGCCACUGGAGGCCUCCUGAGGAUCUCGGCCAGGAAACAGGACCCCCUGCGACCCCAAAGCCAGCCCCCGCAACGCAAACGCAAAGCCAAAAAGAAGCGCAAGAACGACGUGGUGGUGGUGAAGGGGAAGCUGAAGUUGUGUUCCGUCUCGGGGCUCAUCGCCCUCUGCGGCAUCCUGGUACUGCUGGUGGGCAUCGCCUUGGCCGUGGUGGGCUAUUGGCCCAAACCCAGCCCCGUCUACCGGGAGGGCAGCUUCGGGGGGAGCAAACAACUGCCCGCGCAGGGCGGCGCCACCAAAAACCGCUCCAGCCGGGGCCAGCCGGGGGCGCAAGGGGGAUCCCACCCGGACACCCCUAGAGCCAACUCCUCCUCCUCCAGCAGCAGCAGCAGCCGAGGGUCCCCCCGCGCCGCGCCGGCCCCUUCCUCGGUGGGUUUCCUCUUCCAGCUCUUCUCGGGCUACCUGCACUCGGACAAGCUCAAGGUGCUGGGCCCCCUCAUCAUGGGCAUCGGCAUCUUCCUCUUCAUCUGCGCCAACGCGGUGCUGCACGAGAACCGCGACCGCAAGACCAAGAUCAUCAACCUGCGGGACCUCUACUCCACCGUCAUCGACGCGCACAGCCUGCGGGCCAAGGAGGGCGGGGGCCCGGCCGCCGCCCCGCUCAAUGGCUUCGUCAGUUACGUGCAGCAGGCCCGGGGGCUGGGCGGCGGCGGGGGGGAAGCCUUGGGCGCCGCGGCCAGGCUGGCCCAGGGCACCUGGCCCCCGGCCCUGGGCGCCCCGCGCCCCGCUGCUCCUCCUUCUCCGCCCCCGCCCAGCCUGGCCGAGGCCGUCUACAGCAUCUACCGGGAGCGAGCCGCCCUGGCCGGCCGCCCGCUGGGCGCCGCCACCCCUCCCUGCAGCCCCGCCAGCUCCCUGGUGGGCUCCUCGCUCAGCGCCUUCACGCUGCUGCCCCUGGGCCAGGCCGGCGGCGAGAGCUGCGGCUGGCGGCGGCCGCCGGGAGAACUCGGGGCCCGGGCGAGCCCGCGGGGCGAGUUCGAGCUGAGCCGGAGCGAGCUUGGCAGCCCCCUAGGGCCGGGGCGCAGGCACAAGCGGGUACUGCGGCGCCAGAGCACAAGCUGCCUGCCUGACGCCAGGCGGCCCCUCUCCCCUGGCCCCCCUCAGACUCGGGCUAGCAGCAGGGAGCUGGACUCCACCAGCCUUUUAGCCAAGGCUGCUUCUUCCCCCUACUCCAGAUCUCUGGAUCUGGGCGGCUCGCCUCCCUGCACUCCGCCUGGGGGCAGGAGGGGCUCCCCGGCAGACCCAGCCAGCAGCAAUAAGGGCUACACGCACCUGGAGGAGGCAGGCACCUCCUUGGAGUCUAUUGCCAACACUCCAGCCCGGAAAACCCAGGACUGUGAGGAGGACCCAAAAGGGGAGCUCGGCCCCCUAGCGGGAGCCAGCGAACAACAAACAGCGCAGCAACCUCAGCAAAUUCAGAGACAAUAUACAAAUAAAGAGAAGCUCUUCAUGAUUUCCAGGUCGCACGCCACGGCAGGGGUGGAGGAUGGGGAACUGGAAAGCACGGGCGUUUGAACAAACAGAAAAAGCACCAGGACAACUUGCAAGCCCUCUUCCUCCUUGAGGACGGAACCCGGUCAAUAUCCAAAGAGCUGCAGUAUGUUAUCCUGGAAUUGCAUUCAAUAAUUGCCCCUAGAUGACACCAGGAAACAAACAAACAAAAUCUUUCUGUCCGAUUGUGAUUGUAUGUUCCAUGCAAACCAAAUUGUAUUACACACCAGUAGUGCAGCAAGUUCUUCGAAGCAAAAGAAUACAAUUUUGGACAACAUAACUGCGCACUUUAUAGUUUUAAUUUCUAAGUGCCCCACCCCCUUCCUUGGGUAUUCUGAUGCUGGUUUGUCACUAACUGUUUCUAAACCACCACCUCCUGUUCUAGCUCCAGAGCAAAGUGGUUUUCCUUCAGCAAAACUGAGCUCUCCCCUUUUGUUUUGGUUAAAUCAAUUAAGUUGGCAGGGCCUUAUGGAUGAAGUAUCUUCACAAAGAACACCUACAGGCAUUUGUUUAAAUUCUGGAGAGGUGACAAGGGAGGAGAGUGUGGAGCGGGACAGAGCUCUGAUAAGUUAAUUGGAACUGUUACAGUCUUAAAUUAGAGACCUAAGAAGAGAUGAUACUUUUAUUAAGUAUUAUCACACAUGUACCAAUAGCAUUAAUAAAAGUUUUUUAAAAAAAUGUUUAAUCAUAUUAAAACAGUUCUCCCCCCUACAGCGCUUACAGAUCAAAGAAAACGUUUGUAUCAAACUAUUCAGUAUUAGAGACAAGGUAGAAAGGAAGAAGGUUUGUUUAUGUUGCUUUUCACAUGGUAAUAGUAAUUUAGUAAUAUUUUCUAAACAAAGAUAUUCGGGUUCAAUCGCUGAGCACACUGCACUUUAGUACAAGCAGCAGAUUCUGCCUCUACUUCUAACCCUUGUUUAACUGGAAUUUUAGAUGGUAAGGAAUCAGAGAUUUCAAGAUUCUAAAGAGAAAAAUUGAUUAAGGUUUUACCUUCCAUUAAAACUAGAUUUUUCAUGACUAAUACAUUAAUCUCAGAAACAAUGACCCAUAUUUCAUAGAUCUUUUACUUCCCCAAGAACAGUCACUCUAAGAUUAA